CCAAAAAGUCGUUUCUCAAUUAUUUUAUUCCACUUGAAGAGAAGACUAUUCCUGCGUGCACCUAAAGUCCACAAGAUGGAACUCUGAACUUUCCUUGUUUUUCUUAAUUUCUACUCGAAUUUUCUCGCACUUUGUUGGGAAUUCCUAUGGACAGAUUAGUGAAGUAGUUUUUACUUGGCUCUCGAAACGUAUUCAUGAAUGAGCAGAGUUCCUCUAAGCUUGUUCUAAAGAACUGUGGUGAAGCUGCCGCUCAAGUUGGGUUCUGAUUUUUGAAAGUUAACAUGUGUAGAUCCACCAGCAUGACGGUCUUCUUCCAGAUGCUUUGAGGAGAGUUUAUGUUGUGAAAUUUUCUUUUAUUUAGCUAAAGCUUCCAUGGUCAAAUCAGAAGUAGAUCUGAAGCUUUCUUGCAAGAACUGAAAUGAUAACUGGAUUAUAUCUUGUGGAGAUUUGUUUGGUUUUUCAUUAGCAGCUCUUCUUUGAGAAUUUCCACUUAGAACUUAGUUUUAUGGAUGAAAUUCAUUCAUGUUUUAGUCACCUCUGAGCUUUUUUGGUAUUUUAAACUCAAUCUCUAUGGAAAAUAGGCUCAAAACUAUUGAUGCUAUCAUUUAAGGAGCAGAAUGAAGAAAUGGUACGGUGGUGUUCUAAUUGCAUCCAUGUUUAUGUUGUUAAUGCUGAGGUAUGGUUUCUUGAAAAAUCCUAUUGGGGAAAGAUAUGUAACAAAUGCUGUCACCUCUAAUGCAAGUGAUCCUCUGAAAUGGAUUCAUGCUGCAGUUCCAUCUGCAGUUCAAAAUCCUGACAAUGCCUCUCAAGUGAUUCCAAUUGAUACAUUAGCCUCUAGUCUCUAUGCUCAGAGGAAUAUCUCCAAGGAAGAGCGGCAAUCUUUGCAGACAUGGAAUCUCUUGAAAUACUUAUUUAGUUAUUCUACAGUUUUACCAAAUGGAGUAGAAGCUAUAAAGGAAGCUGGAAAUGCCUGGAAUAACCUUAUGGUGUCUGUUGAAAAGGAAAAAAUUGGUUAUACCAAUGAAAGUUCAACCACAAGAGCAAAAGAGGAACAAUGUCCACAUUUCUUAAACAAAAUGGAUGCCUCAGAUCUAGUCAACAGUGGUUUCAAGUUGCAGGUUCCUUGUGGACUGACUCAGGGUUCUUCUAUAACAAUUAUUGGUACUCCAAAUGGUCUUCUUGGUAAUUUCCGGAUUGACUUAACGGGAGAACCACUUCCAGGGGAGCCAGAUCCGCCCAUUAUUCUGCAUUACAAUGUGAGGCUACAUGGUGAUAAGAUAACUGAGAAUCCUGUAAUUGUUCAAAACACCUGGACUUUAGCUCAUGAUUGGGGACCAGAGGAGCGCUGCCCAUCUCCUUCUCCUGAAAAGAUUAUAAAAGUUGAUGAGUUGGAUCAGUGCAAUAAGUUAGUGGGCAAAGAAGAUAAGCGGUUUUCUACUACUAGCAAUCAUGGGAACAGUUCAAGGAGGUCUUCAGUGGCUCAGGAAGGAUCUAAAAACAGGAUUUAUUUUCCUUUUAAGCAAGGGUAUCCUUUUGUUGCCACAAUUAGAGUAGGAUCAGAGGGAAUACAAAUGACAGUUGAUGGAAAGCACAUAACAUCCUUUGCUUAUCGUGAAACUUUAGAGCCAUGGCUAGUUAAUGAAGUGAGGAUUUCUGGAGACCUGAAACUAAUUUCUGUCUUGGCUAGUGGUUUACCCACAUCAGAGGAUUCAGAGCAUACAAUUGAUUUAGAAGCACUAAAAUCUUCUCGUCUUUCUAAUCAUCAACCAGUUGAUCUUUUCAUUGGUGUUUUCUCAACGGCAAACAAUUUUAAACGAAGAAUGGCUGUCAGAAGAACAUGGAUGCAGUACCCUGCAGUUCGUUCUGGAGCAGUUGCAGUGCGCUUUUUUGUUGGUUUGCACAAAAACCAGAUAGUGAAUGGGGAACUCUGGAAAGAGGCGCAGACAUAUGGAGACAUACAGCUUAUGCCUUUUGUUGACUAUUAUAAUCUCAUCACGUGGAAAACUUUAGCCAUCUGCAUCUUUGGGACACAGGUUGUUUCAGCAAAGUUUGUCAUGAAGACAGAUGAUGAUGCAUUUGUCCGUGUGGAUGAAGUACUGGCUUCUGUAACCAGAAUCAAUGUGAAUUCUGGGUUGCUUUAUGGACUCAUCAAUACAGAUUCCCAACCUCAUAGGAAUCCUGAUAGCAAGUGGUAUGUCAGCACUGAGGAAUGGUCUGAAGGGACUUAUCCCCCCUGGGCACAUGGUCCUGGGUAUGUUGUGUCAAGUGACAUAGCAAAUGCAGUAUACAAGAGAUACAAAAAAGGCCGUUUAAAGAUGUUUAAGUUAGAAGAUGUAGCAAUGGGCAUAUGGAUUGCCGAAAUGAAGAAAGAAGGGUUAGAAAUCCGCUAUGAGAAGGAAGAGAAGGUGUACAAUGCUGGGUGCAAGGAUGGUUAUAUUGUUGCUCAUUACCAAGGUCCUAGCGAAAUGCUGUGCUUGUGGCAGAAACUUCAGGAAGGAAAUGUCCCUCGCUGUUGUGGUGAAUGAUAAGCAUACUGCUAUAUGCCGUUUUGGUUUAUUAUAGCUAAGAACAUCAAGGAGAUGAACGUUGGAUGGGGAAUAUAAAAUAUAAUUGACAGCUUAAUCGAUAGAAAUGAGGGGUAGAAAAAAAUUGAAGUAUUUCUUCUAGAGGGCUGAUGAUUAUUUAUGUAUAAAUAGUAUAGGAAUAUUUUUUUGGCAGUGCAUAUAGGAGAUGUGCCUUAUUGCAUAGAGAUCACUUACUAAUUAGAUUUUGAGGAAUGGUAUAUGUACCAAGUUUUAAGUAUUCAAUUAAGUAUUUAGAAAAUUUGUCAUCAA